GGCAACCGCCAACCGAUCGGAAAACUCUCCGCCACGCGACGCAAACGAAUCGCACUUCGCAGAGGCGAAGCGAAGUAGCGCUGCCUUGCCUUGUCGCCCUUCCCCUUCGACUCCAUUCCCUCCCGCUUCUCGCGCAACGCUAUCCCGCCGCCGCCGCGUGUCUCCCCAAUCCCAAUCACUAGCCUCCUCCGUCGACCGUCCGCCUUCCCCUGAGGGCGGCCUGCGUCUGCGUGGCUGCGCCGUGCCGCCGUCGCGCCCCCGCAGCUUCUUGCGUCUUGCUGCGCGCCGUGCCACCCGCCGGCGCCUGCGCCUGCGCCUUCCUUUACCGGGCUACCACCCUGCGCCGUCUCUGACUCCCCGGCCGGCGGUCGCCCUGCCCGCUGCUCCUGCACGGCGUGGCUGCACCCUAGCCCCUGCCCAUAACUCCAUUGUAACACCGCCCCCAGCUCGAUUGCCGCCUGACACAAGGCAGACAGAGUAGGAACACCCAACAAGAAAUUCCUGGAGCUGCCAUUGCGGCGCUGCCUUCCAUGGAGACCGAGGGCUGGCCUGCCCUCCAGCCUCUGCUGUGCCUCGCCUGGAUCGCCACUACACUCCCCAUCAUUGUCGCCGCGCUGCCAAUCCCCGCAGCUGCUGGUGGUCACCUCCUUCGCCGGCUGCUCUCGGCCUUCUCCUCCCGCGGCAAGACCGUGAGGCCCUCCCCCGCCUCAUCCUCUGGUUCCUCCUCUUCUAAGGCGAAGUUCACUGUUCCACAAAAAUACUUCAUGCAUUUUUAUGUGGUCGGAGUGCUGGCAACAACAAUUUUGCUUCUGGCAAUAUGGUUCUAUGCAUAUAUGAAAAUGACACCAUUAUUGCCUGAGUCAUCAAGUUAUUCCACAAUUGCCAGCCAUCUUGUAGGCUCAAAUUCAUUCUCUUUUGGUCGUGUUCACUCGCGCACCAUGGGACACAAGUAUCAUGUCUGGCGAACAGUAUUUGUACUUCUAUUGAUGGAAAUUCAAGUGCUGAGACGACUAUAUGAGACUGAACAUGUGUUCCACUACAGCCCUUCUGCUCGGAUGCAUAUUGUAGGAUAUUUGACGGGUCUAUUCUAUUAUGUAGCUGCACCAUUAUCUCUUGCUAGCUCUUGUAUCCCUGAAGCAGCAGAGUAUCUUCAAGGUCAAGUAGCUGAGUUCAUAGUAAAGGGUCGUGCGAGAAUGCCAGAUCUUGUAAUUGAUUCAUCAUCUCUACUACAGCCUCUUCUGAAGUUGGGGUGGACCCAGUGGAUAGGUGCUGUUAUAUUCAUUUGGGGUUCCCUCCAUCAGAUCCGUUGCCAUGCAAUUCUUGGAACGUUGCGUGAGCACAAAGAUUCUGAUGAAUAUGUAAUUCCUUGUGGUGACUGGUUUAAUCGAGUCUCUUGCCCUCAUUACCUUGCUGAACUAGUAAUAUAUUUUGGCAUGUUGGUUGCUAGUGGUGGAGAAGACAUUCCAGUGUGGUUCCUGUUCGUAUUUGUGAUCACAAACCUGUCAUUUGCAGCAGUAGAAACUCACAAGUGGUAUCUUCAAAAGUUUGAAGACUAUCCUCGCUCUCGCUAUGCCAUCAUUCCAUUUGUAUGCUAGUGUCUACGAAAUGGCUACAUUAUGCAAAGCUUAUGUAUUUGCACACAAUUACGACAUGUAACUUAGCUUGAUGUAAAUGUGAUAACAAUCAUACUACGUACCACCGUAGAGGCUGGAAGUGUUGUAUUGUAUAACGUAGCCACGCAGAAUGUACCUGUGACACUUCAUGCUGUGUGUUAUGCUACACACUUGGAUAUUUAUCAACAUUCUUAAGCAUCGGGAAUAAAGUUCUUGCAGAAUUGGAUUGGAAAA